CACCGCGUGGAGGUAGCUGCAUCUGGGGACCCACGAGAUCUAAGAUUCGCGAGAUCGGCGUGAGCGAACAAUCGCCGAGCAAACAAAGGACCUCUAAUAGCGCCCGAACACUCGCGUGAGUGUUGGAAUAACGGUGACUCUACUCUGAAUUCGUGGUCCCGCGGUGUUGCAUGCACAACACUCGCGGAGAUCAAUUUUCAAAGUCUCCCGAAAGUGCAAAAUCGAAGUCUAAAAUAAAAGAAAUAGUACAGAAUUUCGAAAACGAGUGACAGAAGAUUGUACUUGCGUAAACUCUUCGUUAAUCCUCUCGUUCGAAUGGCAUCCUGCGAAAACGUCCAAGCUCCCUCGUCGAAGUCCAAAACACUACUGAACAUCAAAGGCCCGACUUUGUUGUCGUCUCUCGAAGCCGAGUAUCCCCACUUCGCAAUUUAAUUCGAAGGUCCGAUUUUAUUGACGUCUUACAAAAUCGAAAACUGUCGAUUCCAAAUUUCAACCUAGUAAUAAAGCAAACUGUAGAAAUUUUACAGGAAAUAUGUGAUAUUGAAUUAUACUUGCUUUAAUUUUUAGUUGACACUUAAACGAAACUAGUUCCGAUGGAGCUCGAUGUUCCUUCCUCGGAAUACGGAUUAAGAAUGAUCGAAGUUUCGUUUUUGUUGACGUCGCACAUAGCCAAGAUCCGCCAGUUCAAAUUUUUUAUCUAUAAUAAAAUGAAUUGUCUAAAUUAUUCAAGAAAUGUGUGAUAUCGGAAUGUAUUCGUGAUCUUGUGAUUGUUGAAUGAUUGAAUGAUUGAAUCCAGUGAUCGUCAAACUCGAUCAAAGGUUCGAUUUUGUUGACAGUCAGUAUUGUCAAUUCAAACUUUAGGUCUAGUACAUUAUUGUAUUAAUUGUAUAAAUUGCUUAAUGCGUGUUUCAAAAUACGAAAUAUCUAAAUUAAUGUGUUAUCGUUUAAAUGUUAGUGUAUUAUACUAUUUCGAAAUGUCGGAAUUUUUAAUCGAGAUUUUUUCAUAUUUAUUACCGUAUAUAGAACUGUAUAUCGUUUGAGCGAAUGUACUUUUGUUUAAAUAUUAUUUUAUUAUUAUACCCCGCUUGCUUACAGAUUGUUUUAAUAAUUGAAACAUUAGCAGAAUUAUAAAUUGUCUAAUCUUUCCUGUAUAGAGUAGAAUUUUUAUCUCAGACGUUAAGAGCCAUUGGCACGAUUAGGUAAAAACUUAUUUUCUUAUUUUUUCCAUAGAAUCGCCUUUGGAAAUGCCUGAAUGUGUUAUUCUGGCUUCUCUGUCAUCUCUGAAACGUCGCGAGACGCGUUUCCUUGCAUUUAAAUUUCCCGCCGAUCGAAGGAUAUGAUAUAGCAUAAAAUAAGAAUAAUAACGAGGCUUAAAAUUGCUCGUCAAAUAAGAAGGAUUUGAAAUUUAUGAACAAAAAUAAUUCAAAACUUCACCAACGCCCGCGAGAAUAAAAUUGUGAUUGCUCUGUUCGUGCACUAAUAUUUAAAUGUAAUUCGAAAUAUUCACCUCACUCUUUCAUUAUUUCGACCUUUGAUAUAUCUAUAUGGGAAAUAUUAGGAGCGAAAAUAUGGUAUUUCGCUCUGAAUGACUUUUGCGAGCAAGUAUCCCAUCUGGUUUAACAUUGCAUUUUUAGUCGGACAUUUUCUUCAGGAGCCGCCUCGUAAUUGUCGUUUUUAUUCUUUGCUAGUUGAAAGGAUAAAGGUUAUUUGUACAAAGAAAUGGCACAAACGACAGAUAUAUUUGUCGAGCCACAUUACGAAGAUGUGAUAUCACGCUUAACUACGCUUCUAAAGAAAAAUUCCGACGAAGCAAUCGUACGCGAUGAUAUUUUCAAAAUUGGAUUAUCAGGAGGAUCUCUUGUAAAUAUAUUAAUGCAAACUUUACCCAAUAUAUCAACCGAUUGGAGUAAAUGGCGUUUCUUUUUUUGCGACGAAAGAGUCGUUCCUUUUGAUAAUGGAGAAUCAACUUACGGAUUAUAUAAAACGAGUCUCAUUGGAUCAGUUCCUAUAACCGAAGACCAAUUUAUCAAAAUCGAUCCAGAACUUUCAGCCGAAGAAGCUGCACGGGAUUACAUAAAAAAAAUGUCCGUCUACUUUCCACCUGACAGUUUACCAAAAUUUGAUGUAUUGUUACUAGGAUUGGGACCGGAUGGACACACAUGUUCUUUGUUUCCUAAUCACAAACUUCUUGAUGAAACAAGUUUAUGGGUUUGUCCUAUUAAUGAUUCUCCUAAACCUCCAUUAUCUAGGAUUACAUUCACAUUUCCUGUUAUUAACAAUGCUAGAGUGUGUAUUUUUGCUGUAUUAGGAUCCAGCAAAGCUAAAAUAAUUAAGAGAAUCCUGAAAGAUCAUGAAAACUUGCCGGCUGCUAGAGUUGAGCCAACCAGUGGUUCCUUAUAUUGGAUUUUAGAUCAAGACGCGGCUAAACUUAUGGAUUCAAAUUCAGAUUAAGACAAUUAAUAAGAUAUUGAUUCAAGUGUUUGUAACAUUCCAUGUUGUAUUUUUCCUUAAUGCUCGUGAUGCUCUGUAACAUUUUUUGAGCUUUUUAUUUUGUAUACGCAUACAACUUGCAUAAAACAUGAUCUGAUUAGAUAGAAAAUUUACAAUUAAAUUGUUAAUAAUUCAAAAUGGCCAAUGUUAAUUUUUAUUUGUUUUACAUAAAAUGUCUUUUUGUUUGUUUUUUUAUUUUUAGUUGGAAAUGUUAUAUUAUUGAUAUAUUAAAUUUAAUUAUUUCAUCGAUAUGAAAUAUAUGUAGAAAUAAUAUGCCAUUGAUCGAUGCAUAUUCUUAGAUCAAUCCUAUGCUCAAUUAGUUUCUAUCUUCGAAAAGGUCAAUUGCUUGUUACAUAGGUAAAAAUGGAAAGAAAGGAAAAGAAAAACGAAAACCAGAAUAGCUAUUAUCAAUUCGAGGUAACUUUAAAUUUUAGGAGACAUAUGUUCUUUGUUGUAUGUUAUACUUAAUAUAUCUUUCAAAAUGAGAGGUGCAAUGCAUAUUUUUGCAUUGUAAUAAAAAUAUCGUUAUAUUUUACAUUUAAGGUAGAUCUCGUAUGGAGUUUUCUUAUAUACCCGAGACUUAGGAUAUAAUGAACAUACCAGAAUGUGAAUUAAAAAUGAAGAAUCUAGUCUGCACUG